AUGGCUGGAACUAAGAUGACCCUCCGUAGAUCCACCCGAGUAACACAAUCCAAGACCAAAAAGAUGCAGGAAAUAUUAAGCCCCGAGUUAUUCAUCCGUCGGGAAAGUGACGGUUCAGGAGGGGAGAUGUCGGAGAGCGAAGAGUCUGUGGACUCGUGUGAAGAGGAAAUGUUCGCGCAGGGAGAAGACUUUCUUCUCCAUAAUCAGCCAUCUGAGGAUUCAGAUGUGGAUUGGGAGCCAGAAGUUUCCGGCCCAGCCAGCAAGCGCCAACGUAGAGACGAUGGCAGCUCAUCGGAUGAGGAGAGAAGAGGGGGAGACGUCGGUGCCAGUUCCAGCCCUGAAGAAGAGAAGUGGAACGACGUUGACGAGCCCGACAUCACGCCAGCACAGCCCACCUUCAGACCCACCUACUCCCCAGGACCCCAGCUCGUACACACAGCCUCGUACACACCCCUGCAGAUCUUCCAGAUGUUUUUCUCCAACUCCGUUCUGCAGACCAUAGCAAGAAACACCAACGCGUUCGGCUCCACUCACCACUCCACGCCCUCCGCCCCGUGGGUGGACGUAACGGUGCCGGACUUGUUGUCGUACAUGUCUCUGGUCGUCUUCAUGGGCGUCGUCAAAUGCUCCGCGUUUACCGACUACUGGCGAGGCGGCAAACUGUACAACCUCCAAUUCCCGAGGCUGGCGAUGAGCGGGAAGAAGUUCCUCCGGAUCUGCCGGCCCCUUCACCUCAGCAACCCGGCGGACGACGCUGAUAACGAGCAGAGGAGAGGCACGGCGUCCUUCGAUCGGCUGGCCAAGAUAAAGCCGCUCUACGAGGAGAUGCGGGAAGCCUGCAAGAGGAACUACCACCCCUACCAGGAAAUCUCCAUCGACGAGAGGACGGUCGCCUCCAAAGCUCGCGUCGGCCUCAAGCGUUACAUGAAGGGCAAGCCUGUUCGCAACGGGUACAAACUCUUCGUUCUGGCCGACUCCAGGAACGGCUACACCUGGGACUUCUUCGUCGACCAGAAGAAGGCCCAGGGAACCAGCGGUAAGGGGCUGAGCUACGACUCUGUGAUGGCGCUGGUGGACACGCGGAUCCUCGGCACCGGCUACAAGCUCUACGUGGACGACUUCUACACCAGCCCGGCGCUUUUCCGCGACCUCCUCCAGAAGAAGAUCUGGGCGUGCGGCACCGUCCGGGCCAACAGGAGCGGCUUCCCCAAGACCAGAGUCAACGGUAUGGGGUCCAAGUCUCCCCACGGCAGCAUCCGCUGGAUCAGGGAGGACUCGCUGCUCUUCGUCCAGUGGAGAGACACCAGGGACGUCUCGCUGUGUUCCACCGUCCACACGGCUCAUUCGGACGAGCGGGUGCAGAGGAGAUCCAAAGGUGCAGACGGAGUCUGGGAGGUGAAGGACGUCUCCAUCCCACCGGCCGUGAAGGACUACAACCGGUACGAGCUGCAGAUUCAACUCUGGAUUCAAUCAGUGCCUUUACAUGGGAAGUUUAAUUCCUCUUUAAUUCAGAAUUAAAAUUAAAUCCGAUUUUUAAAAUGAGUAAAAAUUACCAUGUAAACACUUAAUUCCGAAUGAAAAUGGUCAUUCCAAAUUAAACUUAAUUCCGAAGUAAGUGGCUGGUUUAU